UUUAUUUCCGUAGCGUUUGUUAUGUAUAUUUUUUAUCUCAAUUUAAUGUCUGUAUUUAAUUUAAAAAUAUUUCUCUUCCUGCUGUAAUCUGUAUUUUACGUUUAAAAAUUUUUCUUUUAUUGCCAGAAUAAUUAGGAAGUUAAUUUAUUUACGAUCAAUUGUUUAACAUUUUAGUUUUUGAAGAAUAAAUUUUAUAUUUUGUUAAUCAAUUUUACAAUUAUUGAAGAUAUGAUAAUUUAAUUGCAUUAUCCAUGAAUAACAGUUUGAAGAAAAUAAAAAAUGAAGAGACAAUUUUUUAAAGUGAAACAAUUUGCUGACCAAACUUUUUCUAGGUCUGGUAAAACUGAAGCACUGUCUGAUACUUUACAAGCUGCUGAAAAACGUGUUGAUUUUAUAAAAAAUGUUUGUCAAAAUACUACUAAAAAACUUUGUUCCACUUUGGUAUCAUCAGGAGUUGGUUGUGAUCCUUCAAACAGAGAAAAACGCCUUAAAAAAAUGCCUGAUUAUUUAUUAGCAAUGGCAAUGCUAGAAGGAGGACCAAAUGAAGAUGAUAAUUUGUUAAGACAAGUUUUGGUAGAAUGCAGUAAAGUUCAAAUAUGUUUGGCAAAUGCUGGAGUAGACUAUGAAUUACGAAUCGAACAAUCUGUGCUAUUGAAGUUGCAACAAAUACUUGAUAUAGAUAUCCCUAACAUAAUUAAACAGAAACGUUUACUCACUAAACUAGUUUUGGACAUGGAUUCAGCUCGAGCAAAGUAUCAAACAGCCAUAAAAAACUCUAAUUCCGGUAGUUCUCAUACUAGUAAAAUUGAUGCUGUAAAAGAUGAACUAGAAGAUAUUGAAAUUAAAGUUGAACAAUGUCGAGAUUCUUUGGCAUCUGAGAUAUUCCAAUUGAUAGCUCGGGAGUCAGAAUUAUCUUCAGUUCUCAUGGAAUUUGUAAAACACCAACGUUCAUUUCAUCAAACCGCAUUAGCUGUGUUGGAUCAAAUAGUUCCUGAGUUAGAGACUGUUAUAGAUAAAAGCCCUACUAAGCCAGUUUUUGGUCAAAAACUUGAAGACCAUCUUCGAAUUACUGGAAGACGAAUUGCAUAUCCAAUAGAAUUAUGCAUUUGUGCUUUGUUAGAACUAGGUGUAGAAGAAGAAGGAUUAUUCCGAAUUGCAGCUGGGGCUUCUAAAGUUCGAUGUAUGAAACUGAGAUUAGAUUCUAAUUGUUUGGAUUUAGAAACUGCAGUAGAGUAUAGAGAUCCCCAUAUAAUAGCUGGUGUGUUGAAGUCUUAUUUAAGACAAUUACCAGAACCACUUUUGACUCAUCAUUUAUAUGAAGAAUGGAUGGCUGUAGCCAAAUUGCAAACUAAUGAAAGUAGACUACAAGCUAUCCUAAAUGUUGUACAAAAAUUACCUCAAUCUAAUUUGAAUAAUCUGAGAUAUAUUAUUAAAUUUUUGGCUUUACUCACUAAGUAUCAAGAUGUUAACAAAAUGAGUCCCCAAAACUUGGCUAUAGUUAUUGCUCCAAAUUUACUUUGGACACCUGAAGAUAAAAAUGAUAAUAUAGGAUUAAAUAUGAAUGCAGCUGCUUGUCACAAUGUAAUUGUUGAUUGUCUAAUUUCUCAUUCUGACUGGAUUUUUCCCGGUGAAGAAGAUUUUUAUGUAACAUUAGAAUUACUUAGUAUUAAUGAUAUUAAUGGACACAAAAGAUACAGUAGUGGAGAUACACAUUUAAUAUUAACUAAUGAUACUAUUGAAACUGACUUAAAACGAAGUAGAUCCACUACAAAUAUUACAGAAAUAAGUCCUCCAACAGAAAGUCCAAAACCUCAUAUUAGAGGCAGAAAAAAUAAACCUGCUCCAGUACCACCUUCUCCUACUACUAAAAUCAGUAAUGAUUUAGAAAAUCUUGAGGUGAUUAUAAAAGAUCAAGAAAAACCAAACUGUGAUAAACCACCUCUUGGUUCCUUUACUAAGCCUAGUCAAACUACAGAUUCACCAAAAGAAAAGUUAAUGGUUGGUGAUACAAGCUCUUUAAAACGACUUCUAAAGCCAACUGUUGCACCACGCACAAUUCUUGAAACAUCUGAUGAUAUAAUUUUUCGCAAACCAGCUAUACCUGAACGCCCUGCCUCCCUACAGAGACCAUUAAGUACUUCAUUUAGAAGUUUACGAAUUGCAGACAUUGUUAAUGAUAAAUCAGAUUUGGAUAGAGAAGGUCCUAUGCUUGAAAGAGCACAUUUAUAUGCAACUGUAUCAAAACAACAAGUGUCUUUAAUACAAGUUGGUGAAAGUAAUCAGUCUAAUUUUAAAGAAACAAGUCCAUACAUACAAAAUGACACAAAUUCUUAUUUGAAACAAGACAGCUCAGAUGAAGUUGUUACUAAUAAAAGUCUUUAUAUGUCUAGUCAUUGCCGCACAUCCUCAGAUGCUCAGUCAGGACAAGUUUCAUUAGUGAAAACUCCAACUAGAACUCAGCGACCUAUUCCUCCUCCACCACCCCCACCCAAUAAUUCAACCAAAAAGGAGCCUGAAAGCACAGAUCUGUAGGAAUUAUGAAUUGAGUUUUUUGUUAUGUUAUUUGUAGAUUUAAUGACCAAAGAGACAAAGGACCAUGUAGCCUAGUUUCAAUGACAGGUGUUUAAAUUAUUUUAUAUAAUUUAAUUUUUAUAUUUCUUGACUUGUGCCUACCAUUAUCAUUAUAUUAUGUUUUUUGUUAACUUAAAAUAUUUGUCUUAUUUAUAUUUCUUUAAAAAUCUAUACAUAUGUUUUAUAUAUUAUGUAAGUUAUUGUGAUCAUUUAAAAUUUAAUUUAGUGAAAUCAAUGUGUAUUAUAAUUUGUUGUAAUAAUUUCCUAAUAUACUGUUAUUUAUUACUAAAAUAAUAAUAAUAUUGUAUUUAAGUAAUUUAAAUAAAACUCAGGGUCAAAAAAAAAUAUAAAAUAAUUUGUACUUAAAAAUAAUGUUAAGUGAUGGUUUUAAUAAAAAUGUAGUUUCUUUUAAAACAAUAAUUAAUUUCAAUUAAAAAUCUAAAGAAGAACAAAAAUUAUGCAUGUUAGU